AAAUUUAGUAAGUCUUUUCGUUAACAUUUAUUAUUUAAUACGGAGUAUUUCUUAUGAGAUUAAUUAAAAUGUAAUAAUUUAAAAAUGGUAGUUUAUAUAAUGCAGAAAAAUGGUAUUUUUGUAGACUUCACUUGUAGUUCCGGUUCCAACCAGUUUGCGAAGAGAUGUCUGUAUGUAUGUACAUUUUAAAUUUCACGCGAGAUGGUGCUUCAUACAGUUGCGAAUUCCCUUGUUAGAUUUUACCUAUUCAGUGUUUAUAUUAAACAAAUAUGGACAUUCAAACAACAAAUACACGAAGAAAAAUAUUAAAUCAUGUUGUUUGCAGUAUGUUGGUGGAAAGUGGUUAUGAUACUUGUGAGAAGCAAGCGUUAGAAACUCUUACAGAAAUGUUACAGUCUUUUAUAGUAGAAGUUGGCGAAUCAGCAAGAAAUUACUGUGAACUUUCUGGUAGAACAGAGCCACUGAUCGCAGACGUUAUAGUGGCUUUAAUAAAUAUGGGUAUAAAAUUAGACAAUUUAGAAAGUUAUGGUAAAAGAGCGAACAGGACAGUAUUACCGCCGCUUCAGCAACAAACUCAGUCGAAACAAUUGAAUAUUUUGCAAGCUGGUGUAAAACAAGGUCAUCCGGCCCAUAUACCGAGUCAUUUGCCACCUUUUCCGGAUCCGCAUGCUUACAUCAGAACACCGACACAUAAACAACCAGUAACAGAAUACGAGGCGAUAAGAGAAAAAGCAGCCACUCAAAAACGUGAUAUUGAAAGGGCUUUAACAAGGUUUAUUGCAAAAACAGGAGAAACGCAUAGUCUAUUUUUAGCAGAGGAUAAUAGUAUGUUUCCGCUAAUAUCGUGUAAACCGCAAUUUCCUAGUUACCUCUCGGCGCUCCUUCCACAAGAUCAAAUAUUUGAAACUGAUCAAGAUUUUCACUUUGAACCGAGUCCGGUUAAAAAGAAAAAAGAACAAGAGAUCGAAGAGACGGAGGAAGGUAUGAAAGGACAAAACGAAGACGGCGAACAAAACGGCGAAACUACAACCCAACAGGAUGCUAUAGACAAUCCUUAUUUGAGACCUGGGAAAAUACCAAAAAAUAAAAUACCAGGAGUUACAAUUCCUAGCUUACAUCCGAUAAAAAGGGAUUCUCUUGAGUAAUAAUUUUAUUAAUCCUUAGAUCACUUUUUCUUACUGCAGCAUUCCAUUUAUUACUGAUACCAUGGUUGACGUCUCACCCAUCGUAACUUCAUACCAGACGCGAUAUAAUUGCACACAUUGAAGGAUAAAAUAAAUAUUGGUGGGUGAUGUUGGUAGAUUAAAUCCAGUCCAAUUUUUUAUUUAUAUACAAUUAAAUUAUUAUACUUUACAAUAUUACUAUGUACAUUAAGGAUUAUAAAUUUAUGUAUUCCUUACUAAAACAUAAGAAACAUUGAACAUAAUCAGCUUAUUUGUUACUUUAUGCAUUUAAUUUAGUUACAAAAUACUGAUGUUAAAAUAAUAAAUGCAUAUUAUUUGGCAUAUACAUUAAUAUUGCAAGUAAAGUCAUUAACAUGUUUAGAAGGUUGCUCAGUUUGAAGAGUAUUAGUAUUUUUGUAUGUAUAAUGUGUGGGAUGAUUUGAUCAUAACCAGCUUGAACAUGUCCUUUUUUGGAAACAGUAAAUGAUCUCAGAUGGUUAACAUAGUUUUUUAUGAUGCUUAACCGAUGGGAUUAAGUUUCCUGCAUCUAAGCUUUCAGACCUAAAGAUGAAUUUAGUAUCUCUGCCCUAUAUUUAUAGAAUGAUGUCAUAGUUCUAUAUAAAGAAACAAGUCAUUUGGUAGAAUGUGCUCGUUACAAAAUAUAAUGAUUCACAGUAAUUUGUUAUGAAAUUUAAAUCAUAAUUUGUUCUUUCAAUAAAUAUUUUAUAUACAAAUAUAUUCAAUUGUUUUUAUUUAAUAAAUAUAAAUUAAUAUGACAAAUUUCAAAUGUACUACAACAUGUUAUACAAAUAUGUACGUAUGUUAAAAUGACGUUUUUGGAAACGUUGGGGAGAGCUAAACAUCUUGACAUGAACGACGACUGAAUGAUCAUAAAAUUGAUUAAUAAAUAUAAUUACCUGCUGUGCGACAGGUUCAAGGAUGCUUUCUAUAGUUUUCGUAUGAAAUACUGGCAUCUUGGUAGUUUUCUGAUGUGAAAAUAUAUGAAAAUAUUAAUUAUUAAAAUGUAUCAAUAAGAUAGAAAUUUUGUAGUGAACUUAAAGACAAAGUUGCGCGUGAAAACAUGAACAAUAUUUUAACGAAUCCGAAACAAUUCACUAAAAAUAUAAUAAGAAACUCAAUUCGUUAGAACAGCAAGAAAACAAUUCAACCCCUGAUGGAUCACGAUCAAGAAUUACUAUUGCCUUACACAAGAAAAUCGUAUCGAUGCAUAACACAGAGAAAUCUAGGGGAACAGUGCAGACAACACUCCGAAUGCUUUAAUGUUACUAAAAGAGGGAACGAAGCAAACAAAUUCAUGGAUUAUGGAAUUAUUUCCAUAAUGUUUAUGGCUUAUUUGUUACGGGGUAGUGUUAACAACGAUUUAUUUUAUUAUUGGUAGAUACUAAACAUAGAGGAUGUAGAUUAAUGACAUAAAGUACAUUAUAACUCAAAAUAAUGAUA